AUGGCUUCUCCGCAGCAGCUCCAGUCCUUUCCUUCCAAGCCCCGCGUUUUCAUUCUGAGCGAUAUUUCCAAUGAACCGGAUGAUGCGGAAUCGCUAGUGCGCUAUCUCUUGUAUGCCAAUCAAUUCCGUACGGAGGGUCUCGUUGCUUGCACUUCGACAUGGAUGAAGAACAAAGUGUGUCCCCAGGACAUGCACAAGAUUAUCGACGGUUACGAAAAAGUCGUCGACAAUCUCAAUGCCCAUGCCAACCCGGACGACCCUUACCCGACAGCCCAAUACAUGAGAUCCCUGAUCAAGAAAGGCGCAGAGACAUACGGCAUGACCGCAGUGGGUGAUAACAUCCCCCUCAGUGAAGGCGGCCAACUCCUUCUAGAGCGUAUCGAGGCCUCAAACCCCGACCCGCUCUGGAUCCUCUGUUGGGGCGGCACAAAUGUGCUGGCAUCAGUCCUCCUCAAAAUCCAAAACACCCACUCCGAAGCCGAAGCCGCCGCUCUGCGAUCCAAGCUCCGCAUCUACACGAUCUCCGACCAGGAUGACACGGGUAUUUGGCUGCGUACCACAUACCCUGAUCUCUUCUAUAUCUGUUCCGUGCACGGAUGGUGUCAAUAUGGCAUGGCGGCGUGGGCAGGUAUCUCAGGCGACCAAUGGUACGGGUUCGACAAGGGCGGGCCCGAUCCAUCCAAGAUCAGCAAAGAGUGGAUCCGCGAGAAUAUCCAGAUCGGCCCGCUCGGGUCAACAUAUCCAGACUUUAUGUUUAUCCCCGAAGGCGACACCCCGACGUUCUUAUACCUGAUUCAAAAUGGACUGGGCGUUGCCGAGCGUCCCGAGUUUGGCUCUUGGGGCGGCCGAUAUAUCUCAACUGAUGUCAGUGGUCAGUAUGGCCGGCUUGGUCACUACAGUGAUACGCCUGAUGAGGUUGAUGGUCUUGAUGGUCGGAGUCACAAGUCAAACCAGGCUACUAUCUGGCGCUGGCGCGAUGCUUUCCAGACUGAUUUUGCAGCUCGGAUGCAGUGGUCGCUGUCUUCGGAUGUUGCGAAGGCAAACCAUCAUCCUGUUGCGAUUGUGAAUGGGACAAAGGGCCCUGCACCGCUGAUCUUCGAAUUGGAAGCGGGCUCUUCGUUCAAGCUUGAUGCCUCUGCGUCAUAUGAUCCAGACCCUAGUGACUCUUUGACUUUCAAGUGGUAUCAAUACAAAGACCCUAGUGCGACGCAGUGGUCUGUUCAAUACGAGGUCGGCCAGCUGGGCAUCAAGUCUGUUAACGAGGCCGGAAGUAUUGCUGAGAUUACGCUUCCAUCACCUGAUAAAUGCUGCGUUGAGCUGAUUAGCCGCAAGGCAAUUCCUAAGGGACAGCUGCUGCACCUCAUUCUGGAGGUUACGGACAACGGAUCUCCUGCGUUGACCACCUACCGGCGGAUUAUCAUUCAGACAACAAACGAGAAAUUGCUUGGUGGCGGUGGUGGAGCCGAGGCAAUUGGCGAUACCAUGAAAGCUGUUAUGCAGUAA